AUGGUGCAAGACGACAGGAUAGUCCGGCUGGUGUUGGUGCUGAGGGACUGGGCCAGCAAGAGCUUGCAUGAGGAGCAGCAAAGGCCAGACCCCUUCCUCGAGCGGUUCCAGGGCCCCGAGCUCCACACAGUGGCUGCAGGCGAUUGCAAUGAUCUAGAGGAUGAGGAGACCGAAGAGGGAAACAAAAAGAAGAAAUGGCAGAUCUUUGUCGUGGACCCUGCAGGGGACUGGUAUUACCGUUGGCUGGCUGUCAUUGCGGUUCCUGUCCUCUAUAACUGGUGCUUGCUUGUAGCCAGGGCUUGCUUCAGUGACCUGCAAAAGACAUAUGUUGUCCUCUGGCUGGUAUUAGACUACAUCUCAGACUCCAUCUACAUUGGGGACAUAGUGAUCCGCCUGCACACAGGUUUCUUGGAACAGGGCCUCCUGGUUAAGGACCUGAAGAAGUUACGGGAUAACUACAUCCACACCUUACAGUUCAAGCUGGAUGUUCUCUCCAUCCUGCCCACAGACCUGGCAUACUUUGCUGUGGGAUUGCACUGCCCUGAAUUGCGUUUCAACCGGCUGCUGCACUUCUCCCGCAUGUUUGAGUUCUUUGAUAGGACUGAGACCAGAACCAGCCACCCCAACAUCUUCCGCAUCAGCAACUUGGUUCUUUACAUCCUGGUCAUCAUCCACUGGAAUGCAUGCAUUUAUUAUGCCAUCUCCAAGGCCAUAGGCUUUGGAGAGGACACCUGGGUCUAUCCCAAUGUCACAGACCCUGAAUAUGGGUAUCUGACCCGGGAGUACGUCUACUGUCUCUACUGGUCUACACUGACUUUGACUACCAUUGGAGAGACUCCUCCCCCUGUGCGUGAUGAAGAGUACUUAUUUGUGAUCUUUGAUUUCCUCAUUGGUGUCCUUAUCUUUGCCACCAUUGUGGGGAAUGUGGGAUCCAUGAUAUCCAACAUGAAUGCCACCAGGGCAGAGUUUCAGGCAAAAAUUGACGCCAUCAAACACUACAUGCAGUUCCGCAAGGUGAGCAAAGACGUGGAAACCAAAGUCAUCAAGUGGUUUGACUACCUGUGGACCAACAAGAAGGUAGUAGAUGAACAGGAAGUCCUCAGAAAUCUCCCUGAUAAGUUAAGGGCUGAGAUUGCCAUCAACGUUCACCUGGAGACACUGAAGAAGGUGAGGAUUUUCCAGGACUGUGAGGCAGGUCUACUCGUGGAGCUGGUGCUGAAGCUUCGCCUUCAGGUGUUCAGCCCAGGCGAUUACAUUUGCCGGAAAGGAGACAUUGGGAAAGAGAUGUACAUCAUCAAGGAAGGGAAGCUGGCUGUGGUGGCAGAUGAUGGAAUGACACAGUAUGCUUUGCUCACUGCAGGGGGCUGCUUUGGUGAGAUCAGCAUCCUUAACAUUAAAGGGAGCAAAAUGGGCAACAGGCGCACAGCCAACAUCCGUAGCUUGGGCUACUCUGAUCUCUUUUGCCUGUCAAAGGAAGAUCUUAUGGAAGCAGUCACAGAGUAUCCUGAUGCCAAAAAGAUCUUGGAGGAGCGUGGCCGGGAGAUUCUAAUCAAGGAAGGGCUGCUGGAUGAGUCAGCUGCGGAGGAAAGCAUGGAAGGGAAGAGUGUGGAGGAGAAGCUGGAGAGGCUAGCCUUGAGCCUGGACACACUGGACACCCGCUUUGACCAGCUCCUGACAGAGUACAGUGAUGCCCAGAUGAAUCUCAAGCAGCGCAUCACUGCUCUGGAGUCCAAGAUGAGGCAGCAGGAUCUGGAGGACUUCUUCUCUGAUAGUUCAGACAGUCUGCUUGAGGAUGAGGAGGAAGCUUUGCCUGGUGGGACGCAAUGA